CACUGUGUGCAGAGUUUGACAGAUGUUUAAGCUCAGCUCGAGGCAGUCGCACACAUCUGGAAACGUUUCAUCACAGACGAAUGUCCCGGAUAAAGGGAACGAAGAGUCUGUUGUGUUGGUGGAGGAAGAAAUACUGGAUGCUUUAUGAUGAUGAUCGUUGCUGCAUUUGGUUCGUAAGCGCAGGACGCGGAGAAAAAGACGCAAACCACCGGACUCAGUGAGAGGAGGUGACAACAAGGAGAAAAAAUGCCGGUACCUCCUCCACCUCCCCCUCCGCCACCCCCCACCUUGUCUCAGGCAAACACUGAGAAGCCCGUCUUGAAUAAAUCGGAGCAGCAAGGCAGGAAUGCUCUACUGUCAGACAUCAGCAAAGGAGCAAGGCUAAAGAAGGCAGUUACCAAUGACCGUAGCGCCCCCGUACUUGACAAACCCAAAGGUGGUGGUGGAGGAGGAGGCGGGCCUGGAGGAGGAGGAGGUGGGGGUGGAGGAGGGGGAGGGUUUGGAGGUGGAGGCGGAGCUCCAGCUGGUCUGGGUGGGCUCUUCCAAGGAGGCAUGCCAAAGCUACGUUCGACACGAGAUGACUCCAGUAAUGUCAGGCCUCCACUUCUGCCACCUGGUGCUCGUAGCUCUGGUCCACGGCCCUUCGGAGGAGGAUCUGGCCCCGCUCCUCGUCCACCUCUGCAACGCAGUGAAUCUGUUGACCCCCCUCGCCCACGAAUGACCCCACCGCGUCCUGAAACACCUGGAGGACCUCCUCCACCUCUUCCAAGUGCCCCACGGCCCUUUCAGAGUGGGGCACAGAGCAGGGGACCACCCUCACUUCCAGGGACUCCUCGUCUUGGUUCCGCACCAACCCCUCCACCUCCAAACCCUCCUGGGCGACAGCCUGCACCUCCACCGGUGCCAGCUGCAUUUGGUCGUCCUCCUACCAUUCCUUCGCCCUCAGCUGGUCAUGCUGGACGGCCUCCUCCUCCCCCUGCACCUGGUCGAGGUGAUGACCGUCCUCCACCUGUUCCCCCUGCAAACCGUUCUACUUUGCCACUCACUCGGGACAGCCCGCCCCCUCCACCUCCACCAUCAGCAAGUAGUAAACCAACUCCCCCUCCAGCUCCUGCCUCUCUGCGGCCACCUGUUAGUGCAGCACCUCCUCUGCCUCCAGGACGCCCAAACCCAUCUACUCCUGAGGAGAAUACACCACGCCUUCCUGAACGGAACCUGUCACUUGGCUCGCAUCCUCCUGCCCCUCCACCUGGGCGAUCCGGACCCCUUCCUCCACCUCCUUCUGAGAGACCGCCCGCAUUGGGCCGGAAUGCAGGUGGACGAACAGGUCCUCUUCCACCUCCACCUCUUUCUGGCCGUCCAGGAGGAGGAAGUGUGAGGUCAUCACCAGCCCCUCCUCCGCCAAACAGACCAGGUGUGGAGCCUCACCGUGGUGGCAGUAGACCACCGCUACCACCAGACAGACCCUCCUCUGGACCUCUGCCCCCUCCUCCCCUUCCUAUGGGUAAUGGAUACCACAAUCAGGGACAUCAUAUAGAUGAGUGGGAAUCACGCUUCACGUUUCGACCUGUAUCGGAUCUUCCACCCCCAGAGCCCUACAUUCCCUGUCAGAAGACCUAUCCUAGCAAAUUGACCAGGAACGAAAGCCGAGGUUCAGGAAAGAAAGAGCGAGGUGCACCUCCCCUGCCCCCCAUACCUAGGUGAAAGAAACUGUUGUCUCAGGGCCUGACAAUCCUUCCCAUACCAAAUUAUCUUAUUUUCUCUGGUACUGUCUGUUUUUUGAUAUUUUUCUGCCAGAGUCAUUCAUUAAAAAAAUGUUAAAAGAACUAUAAAAAUAACAACAUAUUGUGUUAUAUUACAGACGGCAUAUCUUUUAUAUUAUUUUGUUUUUGUUUGCUUUAGAGAUUAAUACGUAAUGGCUAUUAUGAGUAUGUCAAGUGAUGAGCUCUACAUUGAUACUACAGCUAAUUUUUACUUUAUUUUUUAGUAUUUUUCUCAGUAUGAUGAGUUGUUGCAGCAUUUCAUUGGCCUUCAGGAGAGUGUGAAUGUUCGGCUUUUUGGCUGUUAUGUCUAUGUAUUCUUGCUAUUGCAGGUGCACUUAUGUCCUUGUCUCAUACAGAAUAUUAUAUUUUGAGAAAAAGUGCAACAGUUCUCAUGAAAGCUUUUUGGUGCGUUUUGGCGCCCCCUACCUUCCUGUUUUCAUACAACACAGUAGUUAUAUAGCGCUGACAUUUCAAGCCCCCAAAGGUAAAAUGUCAGGUUGCUAGAACAAUAUCAGACUGAAAAAGUCACUUAAAAUAUUAACAGAGUGUGUGUGUUUGCUUUAGUACCAGUAUGUGUUGCAGUCUGUCAGUACUCUAUGUUGCAGAUUGAUUUGUUCACACAUGGAGUCUCUGAUGUGAACAUAGCAAGGACUGAGGACAUUAAAGGGAAAAUGUAGAUGUCCUUUAUUAAAGACUAUUUAGAUCAUCCCCCAUUUAAACAAGCCUGAGAGCUGACAUUGUAUAGGUGAUACUGAUCUUUAAAUGAAAGAUGAUUUGCUUUAAAAUCCUAUGCAAGUGCGUUUCUGUGUAUUGAGAUUGUAUCUGUGUUGAUGUAAGCCAAAAAGCCAAAAAUAUGUUUAAGAAGUGUUGUAUUUUAUGAUAUACAUAUGCACUUGCUGGCUUCGUUAAUGUUAGCUCAGUAUUAUGAUGCCUUAUGGAUAUUUCUCAGAUGUGUGCUGUUAUAUUUGCCUAAAGCGCUUGACUAAAAGUAUAUUCAAAAAAGUUUAUCAUACCUUGAAUUACAUUUCAUUUGUUUUCUUCAUUUUUAUACUGAUAUAAAUUCAAGAAUUCUAGAUUCAAGAAGCCAAACAGUGGCUUGGUUUAUGCUGCCUUAUGUUUGUUUACAUGAAGAGAUGACUUACAAAGGCCUUUUAAUGAAACAUUAAAAAGUAAAAUUCCAGUGAUGUAUGCAAUGUAGCAUCACUUUUGAACCAUCUUGAAUUUAUUAGAGAGGAGAGAGAUGAUUGCACAGCCAAAAAGGAACAAUAUUUGCCACCAACAUUAUUAGUAAUAAUAAAGUCCUCUGAUUUAUGUUACGUUAUAUCUUCAUUUGGUACUUUAGAUUUUCUCUUUGUGUCUGUUGAUGCACAUUUCAUACAACAUAAUAUGUUGUUUAAUUUGCAUUUACUUUAUUACAAACAGUCUUUGCUAUUCUGAUGUGCCAAAUAUGUUGUUUUCGAAAUAAAUAUGCAAGUGAAGCUGGAUUUUUCCUUUCAUUAAAAUAACGCAUUUCAGUA